GGAAUGGUGAUUCCUGGUCCUAUUUUGAGUCUCGAGUGUGUUAAAGGGUUUCAUCUUGCAACUUCCGUUGAGGGUGGAGAUAGAUUUUGGAGUAGGUGGAGGCAAAGGAUUUGCUUCAAUAAAUACAACCGAAGAUCACUUCCCACGGGAUACUUCAGCUUGUUUCUCAGUCGCUUGCCCAUUACCAGGAGCUGAUAGCCAACAAUGUUGCCCAAAAUUGCAAUUCUCUCAGCAUUAGCUCUUGUUCUGAUCAUACAAGAGGCUUCUCUUGCGCCUGUGACCCAGGAACCAACCACAGGACCAAGCGAGGGGACAACGCUUGAGUCAAGCAAAGAACCAGGUGGCGAAGAAAGCACAGAAGAGCCGACUGAUGAAACAAGCUUAGGGCCAAGCGCAGGGCCAAGUGAGGAGCCCAGCACAGAGCCAGCCGAAGAGCCGAGUGGCGAAGCAAGCGGAGAAGCGAGCGGAGAAGCGAGCGGAGAAGCAAGCGGAGAAGCAAGCGGGGAAGGAAGCGGGGAAGGAAGUGGGGAAGGAAGCGGGGAAGGAGGUUCACAUCUUAUUCAACUAGGCACAGAGGCAAGCAAAGAGCCAACCAAGGAGCCAAGUACAGAGCCAACUUCAGAGGCCGCCCCAGAGAGCGUAGAAUCAGGAGAUUUUUCACUUAUCCUGCCAACUGAAGAAACCCAUGGAGAUGCAAGCAAAGAGCCAAGCACAAAGCCAAAAACAACUGCAGCGUAAACAGACGAGUCAAAAUAAAAAGAAAAUGAACCCAGAAAGAGAACCUGAAUUGAUGUCUUCCUGAUAAUGUUGUCUUGAUUGAAGUUGCCCUCCAGUAAAUGUAGGUUUAAUGCCAACAAGCCUUAAACCUAAUUGGUUGGGUUUCAGAUAAAUAAGUAUCUGGUGGUUUAUCCCACCCAGUCCACUACAUUUUGUUUGUUAUUUAUUAAACUGUGACAUGCCAGACAGCUCGCAGUGGACUUGUAGCAGUUAUACUGUGUUAAUGCUACUAUCACUUUCCCUUCCAAUCAUCUCCCACACCGAUGGGCUCUCUCUCUUGUAUGUGCCGUCUGCUUUGCAAACUAAAAUAAAAAUGGAAUGACAUUA